AUCGGGCCCUCCAGGCCAUGGAGCGCUUACAGGCAAAACUUCUGGAUAGAGGUGACAUUGCAAAUGAGGAGAAACUCAACUUAUUAAAAUCAGUGCUGCAGAGUCCUCUGUUUAACCAAAUUCUCAACCUUCAGACUUCUGUUCAACAACUAAGAGAUCAGGUAAAUAUUACACCUUCCAUACAUUCCACUGGUGAGUUCCACCAGCUUCUCCAUCAUGGUGUGAAUAUGGGGUCCUUACCACAUAAUGAGUCAUAUUUACUGGCUCAGCAAAAUGGCAGUCCUGCUAAUGUGGUGGAAGCAUCGAUGAGAUCUGUUACUCCUCAGAUUAAUGGGAAGUCCUCUGGUGAUGACUUUGAACAGCUGAUCAGAAAUAUGUCCCAGGGUCGUCUUGUUGAGACCAUUGAGCUUGUUAAACCUUUAAGUGGUGGUCUGGGCUUCAGUGUCGUGGGACUAAAAAGUGAAAACAGAGGAGAGCUAGGAAUAUUUGUGCAAGAAAUCCAGGAGGGAAGUGUGGCACAUAG